CUGAAUUUGGGGUAGUGCACCCAGACUCUGGUGGCUGACAGGCUCCAUGUGGGCCGGCACACCCGCGGUGAGGAGCACAGACCACUGAGUCUGUUGUAUCCUUAGAUGCUGUCAACCCAGAGAGCCCAGUCAGAUGGCCGGGACAUUUGGAGAAGUAAUUUGGGAAGGAAACCUGCUCUCCCGAGUCCUUGCCUAAUGAGAUCUCGUUUUGAUGUUGUUCACAAGAAUGGGAAGCCAUUCUAGCUGUGGUUCUGGGAAUGAUAUCAACUGGGGGGCAGCAUGAGUUAAGCAGCUGGGGGAGGAGGCAGAGCGGGUCUGUUCUCCAUGUGGUCUGUAUACUUCCUGGGGCCAGGUUGCCAGCACUGCCCUGCCCCUCCUGAUGGAUUCGGUGACUUCGCACCAUUGAGGCUGACAACUGGGGACGCGUAAAAGCUGAGUCUGUGGAUGGAAAAUUUGGCACCUUCCUCAGCAGCGGGGAAAGUGAGGAGGAUGGAGGCUUGGCCUGCUGCAGAGCUCCGUUCAGGAAGGCGCAAGAGCCUGCUAUGGGAGACAGGGAGAGAGGUGUUGGCUUUCUGUGCACGAGGCUUCAAAUUCAAGUGAUUCAGAUGCACAGAAAGGCUAAAAUUGACCUUUAGCUUCAAUCUCUGCUCACCCUUUUGGGCCAGAGAGAAAGAAUGGUGCCACGCUUUGCUUUUGUCGUCAUGGGGUGGUUUGGGAAGUGCCUGUGAGGUAUGCAGAAACCCAGAGCCUGGCUGGGGAAAUAGCAGAGCCCAUCUACAAGCUCUGUUUCCCCUCUGCUGAUGCUGCCUUUGGCACGUGAGUGACCACUGAAGGAUCUGUGAGGCGAACUGGAAGGGCUCUGCGUUCAUCUCAGUUGCGCUCUAAUUAUAUUUUAUCAGGGGCUGUAAUAAAAGUAACAUCUACACUGUUCUCACUCUCCUCCUAGCACAGACAUGCAUAAAUCUAGCUUUCCUGGUUCGGGACUGGUGGAGGAGAUCUGGGGCUCUGUACUGUGAACGAUUUCCAACGCCACUCCUGCUCGCAUCAUUUCUUUCAUAGAAAGUUGCCUGGGAGGCAUCCAACCUGGAGCUGUUGCACCGCUCUGCUCUGAUGGCAAAACUGCAGGAAGAGCGCGGCGCCCACGUCCUCGACCUCUGAGGCUCUGUGCUGGCUGCAGCUGGUGCACAACGUGAUCAAGGGAAGUCAUGGCACUGUUUGGCUGCGGUUCCUCCACCUGUGCUAGGAGGAGAGUGAGAGUGGCUUCACAGCGGCUGCAUUAACGAGCUAAGCUGAAGUGGGAGGAGAAAAUGGCUCAGGUGUAAAUCAGCAGCAGAUUGUGGCUGGUUAAGAGGGCAGGAGCUGCGAGGGGCUCUGCUGGGUGCUCUGAGCAGCUGGGCUGGGGGUGUUUUUCUUAAGAGACUCCUGAGGGGUGCAGUUUACAUCAUGCCCAGUGUUUGUCCUCAUCUUCCCAUGCACGUGGCUGUAGUUUGUCCUUUUCUGCUCUCGUGCCUGUGUUGGUGUACGUCCAGAUGAGUAAUAAUGCUCCUUUAGGCACGGGGAAGGUGGGCGGAGUGCUGGAAUCCCCUGCUGCAGGUGCUGGGUGCAGGGCAGGGCCUCAACACAGCAGAGAAGGCAACUCUGAAGCAGAACAAAGAGCAGAACAGCGCUGUGGGGUUUAAUUUGUGGUGGAUGGGGAGCCCAGCUGGAAGCUGCACUGCUCUCAGGAGCACCAAGUGGACGCGUGGAGUGCAGGGAGGGUCUCAGCACUGGGCUGGAGAGCUGAGGGCAGGGAAGAACUGGAUGCCAAGCUCUGAGCGGACAAAGCCAAGCAGCUGAGAGAAACCCACAACAGCUCCAGCAAUGAAAAGAAAAGCAGUCCUGGAAUGGAAACGAUCGUGCCAGGGAGAGGCAAACGGCCACCCAUCGAUCGGGCCUCAGUGCACGCUGUAAGCGCAACGCCUCGGUGCUGCAGCUGGGUCACCUUGCCAGCUCGUGUCCCGGUGCUGCCAGCGUCACCGCCCGGCAAGAGGGUGCUCCUCUCCAGAGCUGAGCAGAGUGCUGCUGGCUCUGCGGGAGCUCAGGCGCAGGACGUUGCACCCUCCCAUUCGGUGCCAUUUGCAGCACAGCCUCGGGUUUAAUUUCGCAGCCACCUCAGCCUGCCUCUCUGGUUAAGCUGAUGUGAUGCAUGCGUGUGUGCAGGGACUUCUAUUUUAAUGCUGUUGCUGGCAAAAAAUAGAUGCUUUCUCCCUCCAGGAUAGGGAACAGCCGUGGUCUGGGCUGGGUGGGAAGGGAUGGAUAGGACCAGAGCCCCCUCCCCACUGUCUGCACGUUGGGGAUUUGGGGGAGUCUGGCAGGGGUGAGUGGAAGAUGGAGAGAGCUCUGCAGCUCGCCUUGGCCAUGCUCAAGCUUUUUCAGUUGUGUUAGAGAUCCCUAGCUCAGCCACAAUGCAUCAUUGGGGGUUAUUUCCAAUGGGAGCUCAAUUCUUUCCCAGCUCAGUCCUUCCCCACGCUGGUCCCGCUGCGUCCCAGCCCCAGGUCCCUGUCUCCAACCCCUGCUUGUGUGGUCUGAGAGUCUCUGCUGCCCCAGCACCAGUCUGGGGACUGUCUCCAACCCUUCCUGUGCCUGUGGCAGACUUCAGUCUCGUGUAUGCCCACAUCAUUCCUCAUCCUCUGCUUGAAGGAGGUCAGGGUCCUACUGGGCUCUGCUGAUGGCUGUGGGGCUGAGCUCCGGGAGCUGAGGCUGGCUCAGCUCGUGGCACGUUGGGAACGCAUCGCUCCAUGUCCCCCCACCGCCCCAAAAAGCCAUCGGAGGGCUCUGUGCCGUAUCCUGAUGGAGGGCCGAGCCUGGCCAGUCCAGGCGGAGAAAAUCUGAUCUGAAGCAAUCGAAAUUCACCCCUGAGGAGGAUGUGACUCAGAUCUGCCUGGCUGUGCUUCCAUCUGCCCGCGGCCGUGGUGGGAGCAGGGGGAGAAGCUGCCAGAGCAGCUCUGAACGCCGUGAAACCCUUUUGCUCCGCACUGAACCCCCAUUGUGGGGCCGGGACCCACUGCUCACACCCCACAGAGCUGUCCCCAGAGCAUCUCCAGCACCACAGCCCCGACCCCAGGGGAGCUCCCGGCUCCCGGCAGAGCGUUGCAUCCCUUCGGCUCUGCUACAACCAAAGGACCUGAGAGAGCCCCCCCUCACUGGUACCCCCCCCCCCCCCGCCCCGCUGUAGCACAGCCCUCCCCAUCGCCUCCCUUCUCAGGCUGUCGCAAUGGACUCUCCCAGCGCUUGGUGCGUGUGGCGGAGGCUGCAGCGCUGACGCCGGGCUGGUACCCGCGGGCUGCUCCUGCUGGAUCCCCACGAGCAUCCUUCCUCCUCGCAGCAUCCUUCCUUCCCGGAGCAUCCUUCCUCCUCGCAGCCAGCGCUGGAGCGGACCACGCACUGACACAGGUGCGGGCCACGCGGAUGGGUAGCGCCACUGCCCGGCCCCCCACAUCCCACUGCAGCCCCUGGGCGUGAGGGCUCAGUCCUGACGCAGAGACCCCCCCCGAAGUCCCACGCCGCUGUCCCGUCCCAACAUCACCAUGGAUGAAAGCUUCCGAGACCGGACGGCAUUCAUCCGUGGUGCCAAGGACAUCGCCAAGGAGGUGAAGAAACAUGCGGCCAAGAAGGUGAGCAAGGGCAUGGACCGCGUGCAGGACGAGUACACCAAGCGCUCCUACAGCCGCUUCGAGGAGGAGGAGGACGACGAGGACUACGCGCCGCAGGACGGCUACUACCGGGGCAGCGAGGGGGCGGCUGAGGAGGAGGGGGCUUCCAGUGACGCCACUGAGGGGCACGAUGAGGAGGAUGAGAUCUACGAGGGCGAGUACCAGGGCAUCCCGCGGCAGGACUCGAUGAAAGGCGGCGAGCGGCUGGGGGGUGAGGUGACCCCCGGGGCCUUCGAUGACAGCGAGGGGCAGCGGCGCAAGGACAAGGAGGAGCUGGCGCAGCAGUACGAGCUCAUCCUGCAGGAGUGCGGCCACGGGCGCUUCCAGUGGAGCCUCUACUUCGUGCUGGGACUGGCGCUGAUGGCCGACGGCGUGGAGGUGUUCGUGGUGGGCUUCGUGCUGCCCAGCGCCGAGAAGGACAUGUGCCUCUCCGACUCCAACAAGGGCAUGCUGGGGCUCAUCGUGUACCUGGGCAUGAUGGUGGGCGCGUUCCUGUGGGGCGGGCUGGCCGACCGCCUGGGCCGAAGGCAGUGCCUCCUCAUCUCCCUCUCCGUCAACAGCGUCUUCGCCUUCUUCUCCUCCUUCGUCCAGGGCUACGGCACCUUCCUCUUCUGCAGGCUGCUCUCGGGCGUGGGCAUCGGCGGUUCCAUCCCCAUCGUCUUCUCCUACUUCUCCGAGUUCCUGGCGCAGGAGAAGCGCGGCGAGCACCUGAGCUGGCUCUGCAUGUUCUGGAUGAUCGGCGGCAUCUACGCCUCCGCCAUGGCCUGGGCCAUCAUCCCGCACUACGGCUGGAGCUUCCAGAUGGGCUCGGCGUACCAGUUCCACAGCUGGAGGGUCUUCGUCCUGGUGUGCGCCUUUCCCUCUGUCUUCGCCAUCGGAGCGCUGACCACCAUGCCCGAGAGCCCCCGCUUCUUUCUGGAGAACGGCAAGCACGACGAGGCCUGGAUGGUGCUGAAGCAGGUCCACGACACCAACAUGCGGGCCAAGGGGCACCCCGAGAGGGUCUUCUCGGUCACCCACAUCAAGACCAUCAAGCGGGAGGACGAGCUGAUCGAGAUCCAGGCGGACACGGGCGCAUGGCACCGCCGCUGGCUGGUGCGCUGCCUCAGCCUCUCGCAGCAGGUUUGGAGCAACUUCCAGCAGUGCUUCGCGCCCGAGUACCGCCGCAUCACGCUGAUGAUGAUGGCCGUGUGGUUCACCAUGAGCUUCAGCUACUACGGGCUGACGGUGUGGUUCCCGGACAUGAUCAAGCACCUGCAGAACAUCGACUACGCCUCGCGCACCAAGCUCUUCACCCGCGAGAAGGUCCGGCACUUCACCUUCAACUUCACCCUGGAGAACCAGAUCCACCAGGGCGGGGAGUACUUCAAUGACAAGUUCAUUGGGCUGAAGAUGAAGUCGGUGAUUUUUGAGGACUCGCUGUUCGAGGAGUGCUACUUCGAGGACAUCACCUCCAGUAACACCUUCUUCAAGAACUGCACCUUCAUCUCCACCAUCUUCUACAACACAGACCUCUUCGAGUACAAGUUCAUCAACAGCCGCGUGCUGAACAGCACCUUCCUGCACAACAAGGAGGGCUGCCAGCUGGACUUCAGCGAUGACAACAAUGCCUACAUGAUUUACUUCGUCAGCUUCCUCGGCACCCUGGCCGUGCUGCCCGGGAACAUCGUCUCGGCGCUGCUCAUGGACAAGAUCGGCCGCCUCCGCAUGCUGGCCGGCUCCAGCGUGAUGUCCUGUGUGAGCUGCUUCUUCCUCUCCUUUGGGAACAGUGAAUCUGCCAUGAUCGCGCUGCUCUGCCUCUUCGGCGGCGUCAGCAUUGCCUCCUGGAAUGCCCUCGACGUGCUCACCGUGGAGCUCUACCCCUCCGACAAGAGGACGACGGCGUUCGGGUUCCUCAACGCUCUCUGCAAGCUGGCGGCCGUGCUGGGCAUCAGCAUCUUCACCUCCUUCGUGGGCAUCACCAAGGCCGUGCCCAUCCUGCUCGCCUCCGCCGCGCUCGCCCUGGGCAGUUCCCUGGCCCUCAAACUGCCCGAAACGCGCGGGCAGGUCCUGCAGUGAGGGGGGGGGAACGGGGGGGUCACCCCGCGCACCCCCAUCCCCGCUCCCCUCCUGCCCCUCCCCCUCCCUCUCCCCCCUUUUCGUCCUCGUUAGACACUGUGAAACGUCUUCUUGGAGCAUUUGGGAUUUAUUUUUUAUUUUUGUUUUCGUUUUCAUUCAUUUGCACAUCCCCUCUCCGGUUGCUUUUCCCGUACCCCAAAUCUGAGUCCCCCCCCCACCUCCUCUCCCCCCAUUUCAUCUCCUCUGUGCAUCGCUGCUCGCUGGGGGGGUGGCAGGGGGUCCCCACGUCCCUGUGGGCUGGGAUGGGGGGGGAGGAGGAGGAGGAGGAAGGCUCAGACCUCACAGUGCAGUGCGUGGGGCUCUGUGCCUCAGUUUCCCCAUCUGUGGGAGGCGCUGAGGGGGGCACGGACCCCCAGGAAGAGCAUGGGGGUGGGGGGAUGGGGGUGCACGGAACUUUGGGGUUCGCAGCAUCUUGGGGUGCACGACCCAUGGGGCUGCAGGGAGCAGUGGGGUGCACGGCCCCUCCCUGGUGCACAACAUCCUGGGGUGCCCCAUGUGUUGGGGUGCGCGAGCUGACGGGGUGUUUGGAUCAGUGGGGGGGGGGGCACACGACACUGGGGUGCACAACCCCUCCUGGUGCACAAUGUGUUGGGGCACACGGAGCAUUGGGUUGCACGAGCCCUGCCGGUGCAUGGCAUCUUGGGGCGCGCUGUAUGUCGGGGUGCACAACAUCUUGGGGUGCACAACCCCGUGGUCUGCGUGGAUCAGUGGGUGGGGUGCACGACGCCUUGGGGUGCUCAGCCCCCCGGGGUGCCUGCAGAGUUGGGGAGCACAACACUUCCUGGUGCGCAGCAUCUUGGGGUGCACAGAGCUUUGGGGUGCACAGCACCUUGGGGUGCACGACCCUACGGGCUGCACGGGUCAGUGGGUGGGGUGCACUGAAUGGUGUUGGGGUGCACGGAGCAUGGGGGUGCACAGCCCCCCCGGAGGAGGUU